AUGUUCGGUUUGAUAACAAGAAGAUACCUUUCGCAAGAGAGCGGCAAGCGGUUGAUGCAGACGAUCCCCAUGGCGGCAAACCUGCCGGUGGCCGGGUGGGCGAAACACGGGUUGGCCAUGCCGCGCAAAGCCCGGACGCUGAGAUUCAAAAAGGACAUCGAGAUCCCCGCUCCUAAGCCCGAGUUCAUCAAGAAACAGCCCACUUUUAACCCGGAGCCGAAAGUGGUCCAGGAAGAGCAGAUCAUGUCGAAAAAGCCGCGGCGGCAAUUGAAGCCUCGCAAGGCCCUCAUCACCCUUUCCCCUAAUGCCGUGGCUCAUUUACAGGCACUUUUAAACCAGCCGGUGCCGCAAAUGAUCCGUAUCGGGGUCAGAAACCGCGGGUGUCUGGGUUUAACUUACCACUUGGACUACGUCGAAAAACCCGGUAAAUUCGACGAAGUGGUGGAACAAGACGGCGUCAAAGUGAUUAUUGAUCUGAAGGCGCUUUUCCUGAUUGUCGGCUCGGAAAUGGACUGGCUCGACGAUAAGUUGUCGCUGAGAUUCAUCUUCCGCAACCCUAACCUGAAGGGCACCUGUGGCUGCGGCGAGUCGUUCAUGGUUUAG